GCUGUCGGUCACACUAUUUUUGAAUGUAAACAAUUGAUUUUUCCUACAAAACAAAAGUUAGCGAAAAUGUCUGGAGUUGCUGCUAAAAAGAUUGCCGAAGCGGAGAACUUGGUGAAGCAGGCCGAGAAGAGCUUGAAAUUGUCAAUGUUGAAAUGGGUACCUGAUUACGAUAGUGCUGCUGAUGAGUAUUCCAAAGCUGCUACUGCCUAUCGAAUAGCCAAAAGUUACGAUAAGAGUAAGGAUUGUUUUUUAAAGUCUAUUGACUGUUACAAAAACAACAAGUCGUGGUUCCAUGCUGCAAAAGCAUACGAGCAAAUUAUUUUGUUGUCUAAGGAUGCUGAUAAACUACACGAGGUUGAGGAAUACGCCAACAAGGCUGCAAGUUUGUAUCAACAGCAUGGAUCUCCGGAAGCAGCUGCUUCCGCCUUGGAUAAAGCCGCAAAAUUAACAGAAUCCAAGCAUCCUGACAUGGCAUUAAGGUUCUACCAACAUGCCCUAGAAGUUAUAAUGAUUGAGGAUUCCGUCCGUCAGGCAGCUGAAUUUGCAUCGAAAGUGUCUAGAAUAUUGGUUAAACUAGGAAGGUAUGAAGAAGCCACAAACGCGCUCAAAAAAGAUAGCCUAAAUCAACAGACGGAAUCUUAUGGUCAAAUUGGGCGGCUAGUCGUGGCUUUGGUAAUGGUGCAAUUAGCUCGCGGGGACUCCGUAGAAGCCGAAAAAACAUUCAGAGAAUGGGGCAAUUGCUGUGAGCCCGAAGAAGUGUCCACAUUGCAAACAUUGUUGCAAGCUUUUGAUGACGAGGAUCCAGAACUAGCCGCCAGGAUGCUUGCGUCUCCAUUUAUCCGACAUAUGGACGUUGAGUACGCCAUUCUAUCCAAAAACAUUCCAUUGCCUCAGGGUAUUCAAGUGGAGAAGAAAGCCGGCGAUAAUGCUGGAAUUGAAACCAAUGACAAGGACAAUGAAGCAGAAAACGAAGGAGGUUUAUGCUAAUUUUAUUCAAGUUUUACGGUUUGCCUGUUAGUCAAAAAAUAUUUAUCGUUAAUAAUAUCGCUUCUAUUAUAUAAUAUAAAUUGUUAAAUACAAAUUUCAUCGCAAUCGUUGUACUAAUAACCUUAAGAAAUAAAUGAAACAACAAAUUUUA